AUGCUCCCGCGACUUCCCCAGGGCGAUUCUUCCCUUAUUUCCGCCCUCUCACAAAGCCUCUCGUUUCAUUCCUCGCCUGAGUCCUUCAUCUCAACUCGCGCACGAAAUACAGCAGCUCUACAUUCAUCAAACGCAGCCGGGAAAGAGGAGACGGCCUCCCAAAUCCCUACCGUGGUUCGUGCAAGAAUCCUCAACCGUAACGUAGCCGUCGUCUCUUCUCAUCGCCUCUGCGAAGAUAUCCUGCGGGUUGGGAACGGAGAGCCACAGAAGACAGUGACGGCUAUUACAAUGGGGGAGAUGAUCGGGCCCAACACGUUUGCAAUCCGACCUGCAUACCAUGAAUUAAUGUCAGACUUCUUCCCCCCUCCCAACAUACUCCUAUUAGAUUCACCGGACCAUGCUGCGAAGCGGAAAGCGUGGGACGAACAACUGUCAUCCAUCCCCGCAGAGACAUCCAUAGAGGUGCAAGAGAUUGUAGACGAUCAUAUCAAAAGCUGGCCAUCAGAAAGCACAAUCGACCUUUACGAGAGCAUGAAGGAUCUGUCAUGGCGAGUGCUCCUAUAUAUAUUUCUGCAGCUACGCUUGACGGACAAGAAGUACUCCGUCGUGGAAUCCCUGCAAGAGAAGCUCCUGCGGGGCCAAUUUUCUCUAUUUCCCGUGUCCAUACACACCCCAUUCUGGCGCUCGCCACGCUCCAAAGCUAUAGAGGCGCGGCGCGAACUUCAAAAGCUACUAAAAGAUCAUAUCUCUCAACAAGACAAGGGCUGUCCCUUCCUGCAGAAAGGUAAGAUUGAUGAGGAUGAACUAGCGUCCAACGCGAUAUUAUUCACAAGCUCUAUCGCAGUCAAAGCGCUGGCGUCUCUCUUGACCGCGAGCUUGCUCAAUCUUUUUCUGCUGCCAUGCGAGCCCACGUUGGCGUCACGCGUUCGAAAAGAAGGCUCCCAAAACGGCCAAAUCCUUUUGAGCAGCAUCUUGUUAGAGACCGAAAGACUCAGCCCGCCUGUUGUCGGUAUCAUGCGUCGAGCGCAGCAGGAUGUCAUUCUUGCAGCCCCUGAGGGCCAACCUCCUAUACUGGUUCCUGCUGGUUGGGACGUAUGGCUCUAUUUUGUGAGCGCGGGGCGAGAUCCGGCAGCGUACGAGCUGGCGGAUACAUUUCUUCCGGAGAGAUUUAUCUCAGCCAACGAGACCAGGGACAACUUUGCGUUUGGCGGAUCCGGACCAAAAGUGUGUCUUGGAAGAGGCGUGAUUAGACAUAUAAUCAGCACUGUUGCGACGAAGAUUGUAGAUGCUGAUAUCAGGCUUGAGGGCUCCGUUGCUGCUGAGGGUGUUAGAGGCUGGUUGGGUUGGGACAGCGGCGUUGGUGUAGAUGCCUUUGCGAGAGACUUGAAGCAAUUACCAUGUCAGAGGCCAAAGGAGGCCAUACGCAUUCUUGUACAUCGUGGUCGUGGCUAG